GAUUCACCGCUCGAGUCAGCAGGCCGUUCAGUUGUUAUGGUUACUGCUCGCAAACACGGGUUUUAUUUGCCUCUAAUAAUAAGUUAAGCUUAAUAUUCAAAGUCAAUGAACAAUUAUGGACUGGGCCGCGGAUUUAGAAAUUACCUCGAAAAAACUUUUGCCUCGUCUUGGUAGGAGAUCGACGCAGAACAUCGUACAAGAAGAUUCGAAACUAGACGAUGAUCUUUUGGAAAGCCCUGUAUCGUCAUCCUCUGUGAAAUCGGCGCAACCACCUGUAGCACCCCCACGUACCAGAAAAACAGGAUGGGGUGACGAACUGAAAAGCGGGAAGAUACGUGGAUCGUCGAGCAUCAUCGAACAACUGUUUCUUAGGGAACGCUCUCGAGGGACGGAGAAGGACGACGUGAUUGACGAUAUUCCUGUUAUACCGGAUUUGGAUGAAAUUCAGGAGGAUAAUACUUUGUCCGAUUUAGUAAAUGCACCAACGGUGAACGUGAACAGAGUCGCUGCGUAUAAAGAACUUGAUACGGAUUUGGUAAAAAAUGCCGCAUUCAUGUCUCUAAAUGGCGUUAAUCUUUCUCUUCUAGCAGAGAAAUUAUACAAUGAAAAUCUAACAAAAGAGCCGGAUGAAGUAUGGAAUUGGAAUCUUCUUUUCACUCAGGUUGCAUCUGAAGUAAAUAGCGAAACACGAAAAAAUCUUGUUACUUAGAUUUUAUACUUAUUGUUCGGGAUUUGGAGUAGCCGUCUGUUUAUGACUUGGACAGCACCUCUGCCUUCUUUGGGAAAGUCCGAAUUUCCUAUCUCCCAAGUUAUAAACUUUACGAUGCGGACCUCAUUAAAAGGUUAAUAAACACCUAAAUGCCCGAUGGAUCAGGUCUAAAGUAAACAUCUUGUAUCAAGCAGCAAUACUAGAAGAUAUGCGCCAGCGAGUGUACACAAUUAAACCAUGGAAAACCGGGGACGGAAAGUUAGUAUAUAAGGAUCAAACGAAGUUUCUGGAAACAGUAUUAACAGAACCU